AUGGGGAGCAAUCAACAUGGAGAUUUUGGAUUUGGGACCGCAAGAUCAUCAUCUAAUUCCUCAAGGAGAGGGAAGAAGAUCAGCUCAGAGAAGCCAAGGAAACCUCAGAGAGGACUUGGGGUGGCCCAAUUGGAGAAGAUUAGAAUUCAGAGCCAAAUGAUGGAUAAUUAUAACAUGCAAUCACUUCAUCCUCCCUUCCAUAGUAAUUUUCUCAUGGAGGAUGGCAUGAGACAAACAUCCAACUUUCCAUCAUCUUCCCCUACAUCUUUUCAAUAUCCCAAAUUUUCGAAUCUGUACGAAGAUAAUAGAAUUGGAGAAUCAUACUCAUGCACAUCAGCUAGGUUUUUACAGCCUGAUGGCAUCAAUGGUAAUUCAUAUGCCAAUUAUCUUGGGCAGGUGGCUAAUUUGCCACUCAUGGAGGAAACAAUGGAGAGGAGAUAUCUGCAAAAUCAAAGCUACUCUGCAGGAUCUUUAGGCCAUGUCUCAGAUUCAAGCGACUCACAAGAGCUAGACUUGGAGCUCAGAUGUGUAAAAUGA